CCCAUACCUACGACUCAAACAGCGUGAAACCGCCCGGUUUGGCCAUUCGCCGCAAUCCGAUGGCCGAGAACAGUUCGACAUGUGCACCGUCCACAGCCGAAGAGCUUCAUCGAAAGCACCCACUGCUGAAAGAGAUUCUGCCGCCCAUGCUACAAGACCUCUUUGACGACCAAGAGCUUUGCGAUCCCAAGCUUCCCUUUCCCAGCGAUGCGAUCUUUGUGAACUUCUUGGCGGCCAAAGUCCUUUGCGCCAACAAGCUCCGGGAAACACUGCAGAUCAUCUCUCGCACUGCCCUGGAAGUGGCGGCUUCUAACUUGGAGCCGCUGAUAGAGAGACAGCGCACCUUGAGGAUGGGCCUGCAAGACUGUGGAGCGUGGCUCUUGAGCCUGGAGGCCAGAAAAGUUCAAGCUGCAGAGGCUGAAGGCAGCGCAGUGUUCGCGCCAAGAUUCACCCGAGUGGUGAGGCGCUUGGAGCUUUCUGAGAAGGAGGUCCGUGCUUUUGAGCACAUUUUGGUGCUGCAGUGCCUGCCAGAGAAGCUCCGUGAGCUGAAAGGCUGUAUGGAACUGACGGCUUAUGCCAAGCUCAAUCCCAGCGAGUUCGUGCACUUCGCUUCAAAAAGCCGUGCUCACCUGAAGCAAGGCAUCAUCACCGAAGUCUCGCUGGGCUACGCUGCCGAUCCGGAUAGGCACUUGGAGGAUGAGCCCUUGGGCCAUGCCUUCUUCAGCCCGGAAUCCGUGAAGGCCCUCACGGGCGCUGAGCUCUCGCCCACGGAGCGCCUGAAAGUGGAUGAGGGUGCGCUGGCAGAAGUCCUAAGGGAAGAGGGCAAGGACGAGCUCGAGGUGAGCCAGGGGGAGCCAGUGACCACGGCCCAGAAGCGGCCAAAUGAGAUAGAGGUCGAGAGCAACAAGAAGCUGAAGGUCGACCCUGAGCUCAGCCAGAAGCCACCGCCAGCGGAGGCUGUGCCGCCGGAGGAGGAGGAUCAUCCAGAGGAUUUGUUUGACAUCAUCAGCUCGGAGCGGCUGAGGGAUGAGGAACGAGCAAGAGAAGCCGAGGAGAAGGACGAAGACGUUCAAGAAGAGGUUGGGAAACUGACGGCGUACAAAACGGACCUGGAAUACUUGGUGGACGCCGUGGAGUUGGUCUCCCGGAAGGGCCGCUUGUACCAGGUAAAGCAGAAAUUGGAAGAAAAGAAAAGCUCAAUUGAUGAGGAUGAGCAGGAGGACACCUAUCCCAGCUAUCCAGAACCUCCCUGGCCGCGUCGCAGCGACGCGGGACGGGAGCGGAGGAAGGCCCGCGAACUGGAAGGUCAGGUGAAACAGCUGAACCGGAAGAUGCAGGAGCGGAUGCGCUUGACCAAGCUGAGCCCGUCUGCUUGGAUUCCUCGCUUGGAGCGGAUCUUGUCCUCCAGGCAAAUGAACGAGUUCGAGAAGGAGGUAGUGAUCCUCUUGGUGGGCCUCAUCCUGUUACCCCAUCGCUUCCUACAGCGUGGUGCUGGGAUGUAUCACUGCCGUGGCGAGCCCAUCGAUGUGGCUACGGUGCUGGCGCUGCUGUCGCCGGACCUAGCGAGUCAAAUCGCCAACCGGAAGUCCUUCUACAAGGACUCGGUCCUCGUGAGGGAUCACAUCAUCCACGUGAGCACGAAAGGAGUGCAUGGAGACCUCUCGUCUUGUCCUGUGGAGAUCGAUCGGCGCAUGGUGGACUUCAUUGUCGGCUUGGACAGCGAGGUUCAUCAGCUGGUGGAUGGAAGUCACUUGUAUCUACCACAGACAAAGAUGGAGUCUGUGGUCCUGCCAGAAGAGACCAAGACAUUGAUUACCAAAACGGUUCAAAGCUUGUCUCUCUUCAAGAAAAGCAAGCAGCAGUUCAAACUGGAUGAAACCAUCAGCUCCAGUGGAUUGGUGAUGCUCUUUUACGGCGACUCAGGGACAGGGAAAACCAUGACGGCGAAUGCCAUUGCGAACCUCCUUGGAAAGAAGCUGCUGCUCAUCAAUUUUCCUUCUCUUGGUGGGGAGCAGGCCGCCGGCUUCAUCCGGAUGAUCUUCCGGGAGUCGAAGAUCAAUGACGCCGUCUUGUUCUUCGACGAGUGUGAAUCCAUCUUUGAGUCUCGGGAUAAAUCCAACCAGAGGGAUGUGAACAUGCUCCUGACUGAGUUAGAGCGGCAUGACGGCAUGAUCAUCUUGGCCACGAAUCGGCCCUUCGACCUGGACGAGGCGAUGCAUCGCCGGAUCACCUUGGCCAUCGAGUUCCAAAAACCGGACCACGUGUUGCGCAAGCACAUUUGGAGCUCCCUGAUUCCAGCGGCUUUGCCCCUGUCCGGCGACGUGGACCUGAGCGCCUUGGCCAUGCGCUACGAGCUGUCGGGGGGCUUCAUCAAGAAUGCAAUAUUGACAGCCUUGAGCAUAGCGUGUUCCCGAGCGCAAGAAACCAACCAAUCGGGUAAGCCUGACAUUUGCAUCACACAGGACGAUCUGGCACGGGGUGCCCAGCUGCAGCUGCGAGGCCGCUUGGCCAUGCGCAGCUUCGAGCGGCGCAUUGUGCCGCGGAGCGGGUUGGAAGUCUUGGUUUGCGGGCAAUCCUUGCGAAAGAAGCUGCAGGAGGUCAUUGACUUUGAAAAGUCCAAGACCGUUCUCUAUGGCCAGUGGGGCUUCGGUGGUCGCACGGCCUUCAGCGGUGGCCAACCCGAGAUCGGCUCCUGCGUUCUCUUCUACGGUCCACCGGGCACUGGAAAGUCCUUAGCAGCACAGGCCAUCGGCUUCGAAGUGGGUCGUGCCUUGAAAGUUGUCAACUCGGCCAACAUCGUGGACAAGUACGUGGGAGAAACUGGGAAGAACAUCGAAAAGGUCUUCGCGGAGGCAGAGACAGAAGAUAUGGAAGGGGUCAUCGGAUGUCAUCGGCAAGUCAGGCGCGGUCUAUGGAGGCCAUUUUGGUCUUCGAUGAGGCCGAAGGCCUCUUUGGCCGGCGGAACGCGGAGGCGGCCAGCAGCGUCGACAAGCAUUCCAACUUGGAUUCAGGGCUCCUGCUCUACUGGUUGGAGCAUUAUCCAGGCCUAUGCAUUCUUACGACCAAUGCUCGAGAUGCUAUUGAUUCUGCCUUCUUCCGACGCUUCCGCUUCAUGGUGGAGUUCCCGCCGCCGGACCGGGCGACGCGCGCCCAGCUGUGGGACGCGUCGCUGCCGAAGCUGGCGCCGCGGAGCUCCGACGUGGACGUGCAGUCCUUGGCCUCGGAAUUUGAGAAGUUCUCGGGUGGAGACAUCCAGAAUGCGGUCAUUCGCGCCGCAUCAAGGGCAGCGCUGCGGCCCGAGGAGGGGGGGAAGCGAUGUAUCUGCAUGGCAGAUCUUCGCGAAGCUGCUCGCACUGAGAGGAGCAAGGCAGAUGAGUCCUUGCAAAGACUCUACGUGUGAGCUGCGGGCCAAAGUGGAUGUGAAUUCGGCGGGCAGAUGCAACAGGCUACAUUCAUGACUCAAACCAGGUAAGUUUGCAUAAACAGCCAUGCAAUUGACAAAGACUUUCAUGUCUAUUCGUGCUCACACGGCUCCGGAGG